AUGGCGCGACCUUUGGAGGACGUGUAUUGCACGCUUCUUAUGAGCGACUCCUACUUACCUGGAGCUGCUGUCCUCGCCCAUUCUCUACGCGAUGCCGGCACGACGAAGAAGCUGGCCGUGAUGAUCACGCUGGAAUCAUUGUCAGCCGACACCAUCACCGAACUCAAGUCGCUGUAUGACUACGUGAUACCUGUCGAACGCAUACGCAGCCUGAACAUGACCAACCUCUAUCUUAUGGGCCGUCCCGACCUGUCGUAUGCCUUCACAAAAAUCGCUUUGUGGAGACAAACUCAGUUUCGCAAGAUUGUAUACCUCGACGCCGAUGUGGUAGCAUUGCGAGCGCUGGACGAGCUGUUCGACAUCGAGGCGCCCUUUGCAGCAGCACCAGAUAUUGGCUGGCCAGAUGCGUUCAACAGUGGUGUCAUGGUCAUCAAGCCAGACAUGGGCGAGUACUGGUGCCUUCAGACAAUGGCUGCUACUGGCGACAGCUUUGAUGGUGCAGAUCAGGGCUUGUUGAACCAAUACUUCGAGAAUCGCCCAUGGCAACGGCUAAAGUUCAGGUACAACUGCACACCGAACGCCGAAUACCAGUGGGAGCCAGCAUACAGGUAUUACAAGCGGGAUAUCAGUGCUGUACACUUCAUUGGCAAGGAUAAGCCGUGGUCCAAGAACCGCACAGCUGGGCAUGGCGUUUACGGCGAGCUUUUGGCUCGGUGGUGGGCUGUACACAACAGGCACCUGCACGACAAGCCAAAGGCAGUUCUACCAGAGUCUCAGGGUACAGGUGAGGUCAAGAGCAGCACAAAUACUGCCUUGCAGCCCCAUACCGUCCCUGAUAUCACUAUUGAUGAACCUGCCCCAACCGCCGAGCCCUCCAUGACCGACACUAGCGAAAUAGCUGAGGAUAUUGACCAAGGCUUAGUUGAACCCACAUCUACAGUACAGCAGCGCAAGUUCUCUGCCCCAGAGAUGGAGUGGGACGCGACAAAGUUCGAACCGCCAGCGCAGUCUAAGCCUGAAGCUGCCAACUUCCCGCGCGAAACGUACACUUUCAACGAGAGCAAGCAGCUGUUCCAAGCACCACCAGUAUACCCGGAGCCGCCUCGAGACAUGUGGUACAAGGUACCAGAGACCAAACCAAAGCCUUACGAAGCACCUAGACCUAUCUUCCCGUGGGAGAGGGAGGCCACACGACCUAAGCCUACGCGUGUCUUUGCGGAAGAUCAGUCACCAGAGCCGACCCCUGCACCUGCACCUGCAUCUGCACCAAUACCUGCACCUGAAGUUUCGGAGUUCGAAGCUUCACCACCGGUAUCUGAAUUCACGACUACGCAUUAUGAGAGCAAUCAAGAUCAAUGGACACGGGCGAAGCCCACAAGGGUCUGGAGAGAUGAUCCUCAAGACUUCAAGCCAAGAACUACCGAGGAGUCGUGGCAAGCCUUUUCGCAGAACAGUGCUAAUGCGUGGGAUAGUGUUCCAGGCAUUGACUCAUAUGUACGGUCAAUCAUGGACUCGCAGGCAAAACGUGGCAAAGUACAGGUCUUGCAACAGGCGACUGGCACAGACGAUAUAGGCUCGCCGACACUCUCCCGCAAGGAACGCCGCGAGAGUCUGAUUCUUACCGAUUUUCCAACAGCUAUGGAACGACCCAGCCUGCCAGUCACUCCAGCACCUGUACGACGUCCAACAUUCUGGGGCGAGGAAAGGGGUGAGGCGGGUGAACUGCCGGCAGCGGAGGGCGUGCCGGACCAAAACGAAUGGGUAUGUCCACAGUGCGGCUUCUCCUCUUCCCAUGCAUCCGCUUUUGGUCGCCGCCGCGGCUCCUUCGCCUCUGUAAGCAAGCAUGUUAAACCUCCCACGUCCACUGUUGCAUCUAUCAUCGAUGCUCCCGGCUCGAACCAACUUGAAAAGAAUGAAACAGUAGACUUGAGAGAUGAGACUCCGCUUGCAGAAGAACAAGAAGCAGCGCAAGAGGCUCUCGAAGAAACAGAUGAAGAGGCACAAGGCCCAACGGGAUCAGAGCUGAAUCCUCGCAACGGACUGAGCGCUACCGGCGUGCCACUGGCUUCUUUGACCGACCCUAGCCUUUUUCUGAGUCAACUCUAA